CCGCAGCACCACCACCAGCAGCAGCAAUGACCUCCAUGCGCUCAGGAAUAUCCUCCAUGUCACUCUACUCCUUGUCCAGCGCCCCGAGAGCCUCGCGCGGCACCAGCGUGUACGGCGGCGCCGGAGGCAGGAAUGUCCGCGUGUCGUACGCUUCCAACGGCGUGAGCUCCGGCUUCGACCUGACGCAGGCGCUCGGGUCCGGCGACAGCUUCAAUAUCGCCGGAAACGAGAAGGGGAUGAUGCAGAACCUCAACGACCGGCUGGCCGCCUACCUGGAGAAGGUGCGCACGCUGGAGUCCGCCAACGCGCAGCUGGAGAUCCAGAUCCGGGAAUGGUACGACAAAAAGACCCCCACCACCAGAGACUACAGCAAAUACGAGGCGAUCAUCGACGACCUGCGCAUGAAGAUAAAAGCUGCCACUAUGGACAACACCGGGGUGAUGCUGCAGAUCGACAAUGCCAAACUGGCAGCAGAGGACUUCAGAGCCAAGUAUGAGACUGAGCUGGCUGUCCGCAUGUCGGUGGACAGUGACAUUGUCGGGCUGCGCAGGGUCCUUGACGACCUGACCAUGACUCGGUCUGACCUUGAGAUGCAGGUGGAGGGCCUGAAGGAAGAGCUGAUCUUUAUGAAGAAGAAUCAUGAGGAGGAAAUGGCCGCUAUGCGCAGCAAUGUCUACUCCGGCUCGGUGAACGUGGAGGUCGAUGCCAAACCGCACGAGGACCUGUCCAAGAUCAUGGAAGAGAUGCGAUCCCAGUACGAGGGCAUUGUCGAUAAGAACCGCCGUGACAUGGAAGCCUGGUACAAGGUCAAGUUUGACGAGCUGAACAAGGUGGUGGCAACCAGCACAGAGACUAUCCAGACGUCCCGAACUGAGAUCAACGACCUGAAGAGGACGCUUCAGUCUUUGCAGAUUGACUUACAGUCCGAGAUGAGCCUGAAAUCUGCCUUGGAAGGUCAGCUGAGUGAGACAGAGUCACGCUACAGCCUGAAGCUGCAGAACUUGCAGAUCAUGGUGGACAACCUGGAGGCCGAGCUCCAUCAGAUUAAGAUGGACAUCGCUCGGCAGUCCCAAGAGUACCAGGUUCUGCUGGACAUUAAGACCAGGCUGGAGAUGGAGAUCGCCGAGUACAGAAGACUUCUGGACGGAGAGGACGUCAAGAAAACCGUAAUUGUGGAGAAGAAGGAAGUUAAACAAGAGAUUAAACAAGAGGUUAAACAAGAGGUUAAAGUAGAAGAACAUAAACCAGUCAUUACCAAGAGGACAAAGGUGGUGAUUGAGGAGAUUGUGGACGGAAAAGUGGUGUCGCGUACAGAAGACGUGGACACCGCUAUUGUCAGCCAGUAAACUGAGCCAAAAUUUAAAAAAAGCAGGAAACAGGGUCUUUUUUUGCACAGUAAUCUAAAAAAACACACAAGCUAUGAAUAUUUAUCUUCCAGAUGUUUGUGUAGUUCAGAUGUUUGGAUCUGUUUUUGUCACAAGUUAUUUAUUUUGAUUUGCAGUGUGGAGAAAAAUGUGCAAAGUCAGUAAAAUCUGUUUAAAAAAACAGAUUACAUAAGCAAAAAAAAAACUAUAAGCCACAGCAAAAGAAAUAAAAAGACAAGCUAUUCCAGGUAUAGCACCUGCAGCAAUAAAGUAAACCUUACAUUGUUAACAAAAAAGAAAACAAGUGCAAAAAAGGCUAUUUCAGUUUUGGUUAGCCGUAGAAAACAAACCAUGUUUCCACUUCUGUGUUGUUGGUUUCUAAGGGGCUGUCACUGUCAGUGUGAAAGGUCAUGAAAAACUGUAUUUCUAUAAAUGAUCUAUUUUCUUACAUUAAAAAUGUUUAUGGUGCUGCAUGUAGCAUAUUGCAUGCUCUCAAGUGACAUAUUGCCAAAGCGACUGCUAUCACAUUUUGGAAAGGAACUAUUGUCCACAUUCCCGCUGGUGCUUAUGAGUUUCUGACUAAUAACAUAUGGCAACUCUGAGAGCGCUGUAGCAGAUGUUUUCUCAACAGUUGUGUCUUCGCCUUGUUGACUUUCCUUUCCUAAAUACAGAUAAUGAAAAUGCUUGGUAGAAAACAA